AUGGCAGUCACAUAUGCUGCAGCCGUCAGCAUACCCAACGGGGCACUGCGGCAACCAACAAUCCAAGCGCGUGCCUGCUCCGACCCUGAUAUGCGAGCAUCGUUUGAGGCAUCAGCAAUACAGACGCACGGAGCCAAGCAAGAGAAGCAGAAGCCGCAGCGGCCUGGAGCAGGGGUCAGGGCAAAGACGAGUUUCCGGGGGUGGGCAACCAAGAAGGAAAGCAAGACGAGUCCGAAAGCUUUGCAACAGCAGCAGUACCACCAGAGAAGUGAUUACCAGCCUUAUAUUGUCGAAGACAGCCGACCGUCAGGUCACUACCCUAGGGCAGAGCAUAGGCCCAACUCUGGAAACGAGCAAGAAAAUGUCUACGUACUUACGCUCAAGGUGACGGAUGAGCUUGCAGAGUCCAUGGAAGAGAUGCGGAAUCGGUAUUUCCCCAAGCACCUGAAUCGCACGGGUGCGCACUUGACGCUUUUUCAUGCACUGCCCGAAUCCAAGAUGGAGACGCUAGUGCAGGGACUGGCACAGGUAGCAAGCAGUGUAAAGCCGUUUGCCGUCUCGUCUGGCAAGCCGUUCCGCAUGCGCAAAGGCGUAGGAAUCAAUGUUGACGAGGGGUACCAGGCGAUGAAACACGUGCACGCUGAUUUGCAGUCGCAGUGGGCAAUCUUUUUGAGUGAGCAGGAUGCUAGUGGGUUCCGGCCGCACUGGACUGUCAUGAACAAGGUGGACGAUGAGCACAAGGUUGACGGUGCUUUUUCCACUAUCAGACAGGAGCUGUCUGAGCGCAAUCAGGAGGGGCAGGCCGUGGGGUUGGAUCUGUGGAGGUAUGAGCGCGGGAAUUGGAUCUUUGCCAAGGAGUUCCUUUUUGGCGACGCCACUAAGACUCCUUCAAAAGCGAGUACAUCUGGGUCAUCACCGGGUAGCAAAAGCUCGACCUGGUCACCUCGUCAGGGUGAGCAGAGUCCUAGUGGAGGUCCUGAAAGGAGGCCCACCAUCAUUCUCGUCGGAGGGUUUGGAACCCGUCUGAGGCCUUUGACCCUCACCUACCCCAAGCCGCUCGUCGAGUUCGCCAACAAGCCCAUGAUCCAGCACCAGAUUGAGGCCCUUGCUGCUGCUGGUGUCACCGAUGUUGUCCUUGCUGUUAACUACCGCCCGGAGAUCAUGGCCGAGGCCCUCAAGACCUACGAGAAGCAGUACAACGUCAGCAUCACUUUCUCCGUCGAGACCGAGCCCCUCGGCACUGCCGGUCCCCUCAAGCUCGCCGAGAACGUCCUGGGCAAGGACGACUCGCCCUUCUUCGUCCUCAACGCCGAUGUCACAUGCGACUACCCCUUCAAGCAGCUCGCUGAAUUCCACAAGAACCACGGUGACGAGGGUACCAUUGUCGUAACCAAGGUGGAGGAGCCAUCCAAGUACGGUGUCGUUGUACACAAGCCUGGUCAUGCCUCCAAGAUUGACCGUUUCGUCGAGAAGCCCGUCGAGUUCGUCGGCAACCGCAUUAACGCUGGUAUUUACAUCCUCAACACCAGCGUACUCAAGCGCAUUGAGCUCCGCCCUACAUCGAUCGAGCAGGAAACUUUCCCUGCUAUUGUCAAGGAUGGUCUGCUCCACUCCUUUGACCUCGAGGGUUUCUGGAUGGACGUUGGACAGCCCAAGGACUUCUUGUCCGGUACCUGCCUCUACCUUUCGUCGCUUGCUCGCAAGAACUCCAAGCUGCUCACGCCAGCAUCCGAGCCUUACGUCUACGGCGGAAACGUCCUGAUUGAUCCUUCAGCCAAGAUUGGCAAGAACUGCCGCAUUGGACCCAACGUCACUAUUGGACCUGACGUUGUUAUUGGCGAUGGUGUGCGCCUGCAGCGAUGCGUACUUCUCAAGAACAGCCGUGUCAAGGACCACGCCUGGGUCAAGUCGACCAUCGUCGGCUGGAACAGCACCGUCGGCAAGUGGGCACGUCUAGAGAACGUCACUGUUCUUGGUGACGAUGUUUCAAUUGGCGACGAGGUCUACGUCAAUGGCGGUUCCGUGCUGCCGCACAAGUCGAUCAAGCAGAACGUCGACACACCUUCGAUCAUCAUGUAA